AUGACGGAGAGCACCUACGUAUCUCCUUUUCUACACCAGCUCCUGGCUGUAAGUGGCGUGGUGAUGUACAUGAUCGGUACUGGUGCCAACAUUGCUUUCCCUGGUGUAUUGCUGGUCCAGCUCAAGGAACCAGAGUCCGUGCUGCGGCUCACACCAGACCACGAAUCUUGGAUAGCUUCAAUCCUGGGUCUAGCGCUGAUCAGUGGCAUUCUUGUAGCUCCGCUCUGUCUGCAGAAGUUGGGCAGGAAGUUGACCAACCAACUUAGCUCUCUGCCAGCCCUUGGAGGAUGGGCGCUACUGGCUACUGCGAAGGGACCUACAGCACUGCUUGUGAGUCGAUCUUUACAGGGUUUCGGCAUGGGCCUUCAGGCAGCUGCAGCUCCGGUCUCUAUCGCUGAAUAUUCAGCCCCCAAACACCGUGGAAUAUUUUUAGCCACCAUUGCUUUUUCCUUCGCAACUGGAAUGCUGAUAGCACACGUAUUCGGCACCUUAUUGUACUGGAGAUCGGCUGCAUUAGCUUGUGGAAGCGUCUACGUGUUAUCUCUGGUCCUGGUAUCAUUAACACCAGAAACACCACCGUAUCUCGCCUCUAGAGGACAAAAUGAAGCAUGCAGAAGAUCGUUUCGCUAUUUCCGAGGAUUCAAUGCUAACUCUGAGAAGGAAUUAGAAAUUCUACUGAACAGUCAAAAGAAAACCAAUUCUGCAAAUAAAGUGUCUAAAUGGAAGACUUACAGCGAGAUGGUCAAGAAACCAGAGUUCUACAAACCAACCGUGAUUAUGAUGUUUAUGUUCGUUCUUUUCCAAGUAUCUGGCAUGACCGUGGUACCCUCCUACACCGUACCUAUGAUGAACGAGGUCUGCGGCGGUGUGAUUGACCCUAAUGUCAGCAUGCUUAUGGUUGAUGUGGUGAGAUUUGUUACCGCAGUACUCUCCUGUUUCGUGGUUAACAAGCUCAAUAGACGUACGGUACUCUUUCUUGGCAUCAUCAUCAGCGUGAUUUCUUUAUUGGUUUCUGCGCUCUUGCUAUACAUGAGAGACUUUGGUUACAUACCUGAUGCGUACAUCUGGGUGCCAAUCAUACCUACUUUGGUCUAUAUCUUCGGUAAGACUCUGGGUAUUCUUCCGAUUCCCUGGGCUAUUGCUGGAGAAGUUUUUCCUUUAGCUUAUAGAAGCAUAGGAAGUGGAAUUUCUGGAAUGUUUCUGUCAAUUAUGUUCUUUGUCGUUGUGAAAACGGCGCCUUUUACCUUCGAACUUAUUGGAGUGAAAGGCACCUUCUGUGUAUACGCCGCCAGUAUUGCUGUCUGUGGAAUUUUCUUGUACUUUCUGCUGCCGGAGACUAAGGGGAAGACCUUAUAUGAGAUCGAAUGUUACUUCAAGGGCAUUAAAGAUGAUGAACGGCAAGUGGAACUUCAUGAAGCAGAGAAGAUGUUGGAGUUAGAGAAGGUGGAAUGUGGAUGA